CUGGUCUUAGGGCGCUUUUAGUGUCACGCGGAUUUGCUCACGCACGCGGGAUUGGACCGCAUGCGUAGCAUCCGCAAAGAACAAUUUCAUAUAGGUAUCUAUUGUAAAGCGUGAUAAACGCACGCGGGACGCGGGGCGCUGUGCGGGGCGUCACCCCGGUGCGGGGUAUCCGCAUGCGUAAGCGCUGCCUACAACUUCAGUGCCCAUUUUAGAGUCGAGCGGGGCGCACGCGCCGUAUUGUACUACCGAAAUGAAAAUCGAUACAGAACGAGUAAUCAUUGAAGUUCAUCUGCGGCCCGUUUUGUGGGAUAAACGCAAUGAAUUAUACAAAAACAGGGACGCGAGGGAGGCUGCAUGGAGAGAUAUUUUGAAGGAAUUGGCACCUAACUACGAAAAUUUGAGCGAAGAGGAAAGAAAAGAGGCGGACAAGAAAAUACAACAACGCUGGCGAACAGCAAGGGACACUUACCAGAAAGACAAGAUAUCUGAAAAAAAUCAGCCAUCCGGCUCUGGGAGUAAGAAGAAGAAGAAGAAAUAUUCUUACUAUGACAUUUUGACUUUCUUAGACAGUACAACGGAAACUGCUGGAGAAGAGUCACUCUGUGAAGAAAUGUCUGAACAAAGUAAUUUAGAAACACCUAAUGAGUCCACGCAACCAGAUACUUCACGUCAAGAAAGUUCUCACCCAACAUCAAAACAAAAACAAGUAAAAUCUAAAAAGCAAGCACCAUCUGAAUUUGAGGCACAGUUAUUAGAAUGCUUAAAGUCUAAUCAACUGGAGCUAGAAAGUGAGGAUUUGGCUUUCUUUCAGUCUCUGCAGCCUUCAUUAAAAAGAUUCACUAGAUAUCAAAAACUAAUGUUCAGAACAAAAGUGUUAAAUAUAGUUAUGGAAAUGGAAAGUCAAACACAACCUGCAUACUACAGUCCCAUACCUACAACAAGUUCUAGUGCUUUUACUGAGCUUGACAGUUUGUCACCGAUAAAUCAAGAUUACCAAACCAAUAGUAUAAUCCAGGAUACUUCGAGUCUUAACGACAAUGCUAUUAGUUCUGCUGCAGUGAAUGACAAUGAAACUCUUAUUUCGACUGAAAGCGGCCUGUUUAAUAUCACGUCUUAUGACGUAAUUUAUACCCCAGCAACAACAUCAUCUACAGGCGAAAGUAAUGUCAACGCUCAGGAUACAAAUUUACAAAGAAAUGAAUGAUGUAAAAUUUGAUUUUUUAAUUUAUGAAUAAAACUCUUUUUAUUAAAAUGAGUACGAUUAACUUUUUUUCUCCAGUUUCUCUCUAAUUGUUUGUUUAGUCAUAUGAGUGCGGUUGUACACACGGCACAGAUCAAGUUACUCAAAUCCAGUAUAAGCGGGACUCCGACGGGUUACCUAAGUAUGAUAAUACGCAAGGCGCGAGUUCCAUUUAUGCUGGUUUUGGGUAACUUGAUCUGUGGCCAUGUGUACUUUAUCAGAUAAAAAAAAGGAUUGUGUAUGUAGGUUGAACGUACCAAUCCCAAACCAAUUAAGGACUUUUUUUGACUUUAAAUUACUGUCAUGUGCAAACCUAUAACUUUUAUCUAUAUUAUAAUAAGUAGCGUGUGAUGAAAGGUAGGAAUGAUUCCACUUUAAUGGCGACAUUUUAUGAGUGAAAUAAUCUUAUUUAAUGAAAUUUCAACAUGAAAUUGAAUGAAAUUAUGAACAAUGAAAUUUCAGAGUACAUGACAAAAUUUUUUUUUGCACAUGUAAAUUUACACAUGACAGUAAUUUGAAGUCAAAAAACGUUUAUCCUACCUGUUCAAAUCCCUUUCCACUAAAUCAUAGCAGGAAAUUAAAUAUUUAAAAUUUAAAACUUACCUUAAUGUAAUAGCGAGCCUCUCAAUCGGUUGUAUUGUAAUCCUUCGUAAACU